GGAGUCCGAAGGGUUAUAGUCUCGUCGGUAUAAAGUACACCUCGCAUCCUGGAGAUCCAGCGACUUAAUGUAUCUGAAUCGCGCAAUUGCCUCACAAGCAAGAACCAUCAUCAACACAAGAGCAAGACUUUCAGCACUCCGCUCGCAGCUCUCCUCUCCAAUUCUACCACCAUCACCACCAACAUCGUCUUUCAUUAGCCCACACCUCAACAUAACCCGCAAAAUGACUUCUUCCAGCAUCCCCACGACCCAAAACGCCGUCAUAAUCGAGACAACCGGCGGUCCCGAAGUCCUCCAAUUCCGAACCGACCAACCCGUCCCCUCGCCCAAAGAAGGCGAAAUCCUCGUUAAAAACCAUAUUGCCGGUCUGAAUUUCAUCGACACCUAUUUCCGGACGGGAUUAUAUCCGUCCCCAAAACCUGAGAUUCUGGGUCGGGAAGCUGCGGGUACUAUUGUCGCGUUGGGAUCUGGUGUAACAAAUCCGUAUGGAUUCAAAGUUGGUGAUCGUGUGAUGUGGAUGCACAACUCUGGAUAUGCGCAAUACACGGCUGUUCCGGCCAAGACUGCGAUUAAGAUUCCCGACGGAGUUAAGGAUGAAGAUCUUGUUGCUUCGUUCUUGAGUGGAUUGACGGUUUUGACGUUGGUUAAGGAGACUUAUGCCGUGCAAAAGGGGGAUGUUGUUCUCGUGCAUGCCGCUGCUGGUGGUGCGGGGAUUCUGAUGGUCCAAAUUCUCAAAUCGCUUGGUGCGGUUGUCAUUGGGACUGCGGGUGGAGCUGAAAAGGUUGCUCUCGUCAAGAGUCUGGGUGCUGAUCAUGUUAUUGAUUAUCGUAGUGAGGAAGGUAAGGAUUGGGUCAAGAUUGUCAAGGAGAUUACAAAUGGCAGGGGAGUGGAUGUCGUUUACGAUUCGGUUGGUAAGGAUACCUGGGAAGGAAGUUUGGAGGCCGUCAAGAGGAAAGGAUUUGUGGCUUGGUUUGGUAAUGCCAGUGGCCCUGUGCCGCCGCUUCCUAUUCAACGUCUUUCACCAAAGUGUAUCAAGAUUGCUCGGCCCAUGUUGAAUGGUUACCUGGUGGAGAGGGAGGAAUAUGAAUAUUGGGCCGGCCAGCUGCUUGAACUGUUACAAUCUGGCAAGCUGAAAGUCAAGAUUAAUAAGAUAUUCCCCCUGGCGGAAGUACAACAAGCACACAAGGAUCUCGAGGGAAGAAAGACCACCGGGAAAACACUUCUCAAACCAUGAAAGAGUUCUGAGGCACCCUGGAACACGACACCAAGUAUUCGAGUUAAUUGACUAGGGGCCUCUUUUAAAGAAAGUUCAGGUACAUAUCAUAGUGACAAUCAAUGAUAUUAUUUUCUGAGUAGAUCUGUGCGUUUGACUGCGAGCAAGGUGUUACUCAUCGUAGCUCAGUUCGCUCAGUUCAUCAUUGUCGCUUAGUACAUCUUCCACGCCGUCAACCUCUUCAUCUUUGUCGAUCUUCUUAGUACGAUCACGAGGAGUCCUCCAGCCCAUCAUCAGGUCAUUCAAACACGGAGUGAAAAACGAACAAUAGGCACUGAAAAUCUCGUCGAAGAAGAACACUCCGCAAUUCAGCUUGUAAACACACGUUGCCACCUUCAUGCCCCGAUGGCAGUGCUGGAGAAGGUGCUCCUCGAGGAAGAAUUCAAACUCCAUUCCGCGAAUGUCCUCCAAAGUCUCACCAGGUGCCAGAU